UUUGCUAUCGGACUAUCGAGUCGUAGUUUUGUAAUUUCAUCAACACUGCAAGGAUUGCGAUGAGCAAUUCGACAGUCACGCCGAAUUCCAAGAAAUGGGCUAUAGUCGCUGCUGGUGUGGGUCUGGUCUAUGUGCUGCUGCGACACAGACACUCCAUAUGGGGCACGCUGCGGCGCAUACCGCGCCAUCGCGCCAAUACCAUGGAGCAGGCGCACAUCGAAGUCAUCAGCAGCCUCCAUCAGACCAGGUCCAUCGUAAAUCAACUGAAAGAGCACAGCAGACACUUCAAAGUGUUGGGUUUUGACUGCGAAUGGAUAACGGUGGGCGGUAGCAGGCGGCCAGUGGCACUGCUACAGCUGAGCUCGCAUCAGGGGCUCUGUGCGCUGUUUCGCCUGUGCUGCAUGAAGCAAAUACCCAAGGAUCUGCGCGACCUGCUCGAGGAUGAGGACUUAAUCAAGGUGGGCGUGGCACCCCAAGAUGAUGCUAUGAAGCUGUCUCAUGACUUUGGCGUCGGCGUUGCAAGCACCUUCGACUUGCGGUACAUGGCCGUCAUGGCCGGCCAUCCGGCCGAAGGUCUGGGCAAACUCUCCAAGACUCAUCUCGAUUUCCAGCUCGAUAAAAGCUGGCGGCUCGCCUGCUCCAACUGGGAAGCGCCCCAGCUAACUGCCGCCCAAUUAAACUAUGCUGCUUAUGAUGCACUGGCCGCGGUGGCCAUUUUCAAAAAAUUAUCCUAUGACUUGCAACGACAACAGUUUUGGGAUUGGCGCAGCCUUAAAUCGGACGAUUUGCAUCCUCAAAUUGAGCCUUUUCUAGAUGUGAGUUACUCAGCGGGAUUUACACAGAAUUUGAGUAGAGGCGCCGGUGCUGACUCCGGUUUUCAUACGCUGACAGCAAAGGCAAAGCAAAGGAAACCCAAAAAGCAGCAGCAGCAAUGCCGCAAUCUGGGCACCCAAUCCAAGGCCUUCUAUGACAACUGUUUGCUGCAGGCGCCCGAUGGGGAACUCCUCUGCACCAUUGAUCGGAGCAAGGCCGCCUGGUACUUGACCCAGAAUCUGGGCACACAAAUCAGCGAACAGCCCUUCACCGUCCGACUGAACUUUGAGCCAGCUGGUCGAGCUGUCGGCGACGUGGGUCGCUACUAUCAGACGCCAAAGGAGAAUCAGUGUGUCGUCUGCGGCCGUCGGGAUGCCUACCUGCGGAAGAAUGUGGUGCCGCGCGAGUAUCGCAAACAUUUUCCCACCGUAAUGAAGUCGCACAGCUCGCACGACAUCCUCCUGCUCUGCCCCAACUGCCAUCAAACCAGCAACAUUUCCGAUCACAAAAUUCGCAGUAAGCUUGCCACGAUCUGCGAGGCGCCACUGGCGAACGGAGAUGGUGUGACCCAGUAUCAUUGUGACCAACAGAUCAGGAGCAUCAAGUCCGCUGGUCGGGCCUUACUGCAUCAACGCGAGCGCAUUCCCAGCGAAAAGGUGGCUCAAUUGGAGAAAGCCGUUUUGGACUAUUACAAGGAGGAGACGGAGAUCAGUGAGGAGCUGCUCAAGAAGGCGGCCAACUUGGAUUAUCGUGUGGAGAACGAUGACUAUUGCCAGCAUGGCAAGAAGGUGGUGCAAAUGUAUUGCGAUAAAUUUGGUGGCCUCGUCGAAUUGGAGCGUCUGUGGCGGGAGCAUUUCCUCAAUGUGAUGCGUCCCCGAUUUCUGCCACAACUGUGGAACGUCAAUCACAAUGCGGACCGUUUGGAGGUGCGCGCCAGCGAGGGUCGCGUCACCAAUGAAGAUUUGGCUGUAGCCGGCCUGGAUCGGUCUGUGAUCGAUCUGAAGGAUUCAAUGAAAACUUAGAAGUGCCGUAGCUUUGAGCUUAUAACCCUGUUUUGUACGUAUUUAAUAAUUACAAUAAAUUAUAAAUUGGCAUUUUGCUAUGUAAAUCUAAA